AUGGAAAAAGACAAAGUUGUAGACAAAUCAAAUGUAUGUCAUGUUUGCAAUGGAGAUGUAGGCCAAGCCCAUUCAUGUUUGACUUGCCACCGCUUUAUCCAUAUUUUUUGUGGUACUCAACAAGACGAGGAAGGCUAUGGUCAGAAAGCUAUUUGCAAAGAUUGUAGCGGUAUAUCACUAGUAACAAUAUUUCUUCCUAACAUAUUUUUGUACUGAUUGUUAGAAAUUAAUGUCAAAUUUAAUAAAAAUUAAUUAAAAAUUGCAUGUUAAUACAUUUUUAUAUAAUUUUGUAUUUUCCUCACAGAUGUUCAAAUAGUUAACAAACCAGUCGAGAAGACGACUUGUACGACCAAGGAGACCCCAAAGGCAAAACGACCAUGGGAUUGGAAACAGUGUGGCUUAUCCCAGCAAAAGUCGUCCUCUCAGAUCCCUGAAAAAGUUAGAAAGACCUCUAGCACAGAGAAGGGAGUACAGCAGAAGUUCGUAUGCAUUGAUUGUCUUGAGCAAUCUCUUCAAGGAAAAACCGAUGAAAGGUUUGCACAAAUUUGUCGCUUAGACAACACUAGUAUUAAACGCCAUAAAUCAAGGUGGCACUGUCCCCCAAAAGCGAAAGCUGCCGAUUUGUCCCGUCAAAUUCAAUUCAAGUACAGGUGUUAAGAACGAAAUAUGAUAAGCCGAAAAUAAUUCAAUCUAGUUCUAAUACAAACAAGCAAGCACCUCGUCAAGCUCCACAGCCUCUCCUCACUGAAAGUGGGGAGAUAGAGUCGUUAUGUGAUGUUGAAACAAGGCAGCUCAAUGACAAGAAAGGCCAAGAUAUCUCUGAGCUGCAGCAGUCGAAAGACGAAGGAGACGAUUCUGAUUCGAUUGGCAGUUCAUCAGCCUCUACAACAGUGAAAAUGCAGUCAACCUUACUCCAGUUUGGUACAUGUCAAUCAGAUAACGAUAGAACGCCUGUCACUUUGGAGAAAGUUAUGGAAGCAAUUCAGAAUCUGAAUAUUAAGGUUGACGACAUAGCAAAGAAGCAUUCCUCACUUGCACAUUUGGCCUGUGAAGACAGUGACACGUCUAAAGCUAUACGUCGCCUAAAAUCAGCGGAAAAUAUUAUUCAGAUUGCUGAAGCAACCAAUCUUCUGGAAUGGUUUUAUGACGAGGAUGAAGAGACGGGGAUACUACGCUGUUUACCUUGUUUCGAACUGUACAUGGCCUCCAGGCCAAAUCUCGCAAAUCUAACGCCUCUAAGAGCUCAACGCCUUUUAUCCUCCAGCAGUAGUGGAACAUUUGCGACAGGUAUCUUGUUGAAGAAGGAAACAACGCGUCUUCUUAUACAAGGCCAUAAUUCGAGAUGGUAUACACAGAAGAAUUCAUGUUUAGAGCACUUGUGUCUAAUCGGAACUGGGUCUAAUAUUCAUAAGAAAGCGAUGUAUGAAUAUAAGCGGAAUUUGCAAAUCGACCAACGGAGAUCAACCGCAGCAAUGAAUAUCUUUCGUUCUGUGAUAGCUGAUUUGAAACUUGGUGCAGCUGCUCAGCAUGUAGAAACAUUAAUUUCCUUGCUCGCAUCAUGUUCUGUAAAUGUUGGCCGUAUCGGGCAUUGUAGAAAAAACGUCAAAGACAUUCUUUACUGCCUCGAGAAGACUGUUAAUGGCAGAAUACUCAAGUGGUUAAGUACGCCUCUCCCAUCAACGAUGAUUCCACCACAUUAUUGGGCAACCAUCGACAAGAGCACACCAAGUAGAACAACAAACCCUCAUCGUAGCACGCGAUGA